AGCAUGCUGCUUCGCGCGCCCCGACAAAUGCUAAUACAACACGACCUCACGACCUCUUGGGCACUUGGCCGCAUUGCUUGACAGGGUAGCACUGACAGCGACGCCCGGGAAUCGUCAUUAUCCGUUCCGGCCGUGAGGUAAAACCUCGUGUUUUUGGUGACUUGGGAAAAAAGAGGCGAGCUUGCAGAGGGGAUAAACUCCAAGGAAUAUCCCUCUCAAUCCCACUGUUCUUCCAUGGAUUCUUCCAGGUGAGAACUAAGGAAAGGAAUCGCAUCCCUCCCGCGCAUCUCGCGUGUGUGAUGCACGCAGCCUCGCCUGCGGCGCGGCGGCGAUGGAUUUUCCGUGGCUGGACCUGCCCUUCACCUUCCUGACGCUGCUCCUCGCGACCCGGCUCGCCUACGACUACUACGGCGUCGUCGCCGCGACCUUCGCCGGCAGCUUCUCCCUCCAGAUCUUCCUCUUCUACUGCUUCGCCCGCUGGUACCGCCACACCAUGGACGCGCGCGCCGACCUGCAGGCCCCAUCGACGUCGUCGCGGCAGCAUGACGACGACGACCCGCCCGUCCUGACGCCUCUGGUGGAGACGACGGCUGCGGCAGGAGCUGGCGCGGCCGCUGCCGCGGGCGCCUUGCUUGCCAACCGGUGCCUGGCCUUCGUGUUCAUGGUAUUCGUCCCGCUGAUCAUCGUCGUCUUCGAGCGGAGCCAGGCGGACGUCGUGGCCUACGCGCUCUGCCUGGCCAACAUCGUCGUCAUGGUCGUCUGGCUCUCGCCGGACUCGGCGAGCAGCUCGAUGUCGGCCGCCAAGUCGUUCCUGAGGCUCAGCGACGACGAGGACGACGACAGCGGCAGCGGCGGGGCCGGCGCCGAGGACGACAAGUGCUGCGUCUGCCUCGGCAGCCUGCGGGAAGAGCAGGCGCUCCGGGACCUGCCGCGGUGCGGGCACCGGUUCCACGACAAGUGCAUCGGCAAGUGGCUCAAGGGGCACCCGACGUGCCCGGUGUGCCGGGCGUUCGCCGUGCCGCCGCCGGUCGGGUACGCCGACGACUCUGUUAGCCCUGUCUAGCUUUGUUACUGUCCGGCAUCCACAGUUUAACCAGAGAAAAUCAAACGGUGGUAAUGGUUAAUAGUUGGGGAAUUUCUUGAUGAUGUGAUUUUGUGACGAAUUGUUUGUGUCUACCGGAAAUGUUAGUUGUACCAAAAAAGUAGUAACCUGUAAAAAGGAUUGUCCUCCAAAAAGAAAAAUAUAGAAAUGGUUGCAACUUUUUCUCCCGCUGAA